CCAGUUCGCAGUAGCGUUAAAUAGGCUGUUAAUGUAGAUAAUCUGUUGGUACACACCCGUGCUAACUGUAGGAUUAAAUGCCCAGGCCUGCAAAAUGACCCCAAGUGGCAUUUUGGAUCAAAAUUACGCCGAAUACAGAAGCUUGGGUUGUUUUUUUGGCUCUUAAACGCAUCUGCAGCUGAGUCCAGCUCCUGGUUUGACUGUGGCCUCGUGUAACCUGAACGUAGCAGCUCUUCUAAUUCAACAUUAUUGAACAUACAGUGACAGUACGCAUGAUGAUAAUCAGUUUAUUUCGACGUGCGAUGAUGCGUUCACAGGCUGAUUGGAAGUAUUUCUUUUUUGGUGCAACAAAUGCUCCUGCAGUGUUCAACCCUCCCACAUUUCUCGGUUAUUUCUCCUCCUGUUGUGCAGAUAUAUGAGGCUGUUUCCCUGAAAUCGGACACAAGGAUCUCUUUGAUAGCGGAUCAUAACUUGAUAUUUGCGGACAAACCGGUGCACGCUCGUCAGAAGAGCGUUUUGCAGCCAACAAAGGCCGCCCUGAUCGGGGGUGAAAUGAGUUCAGCUGGAGAAAGCGGCGGCGGCGGCGCAGCUCCGUGUCGUGAGUUUGUCGCUAGAUGGCAGGAGGAGCCCAGUUUGCGGGGGAUUAGCGGGGUCGUGCAGCCUCCUGCAGCAGAACUGGGAAUAAAACAUCCAGAGCAAACCAUGAGAUGGCAUUCAAAGGCGCAGCGGUGGACUCGAAGACUGUGCUCUUCAACCUGCUGCUGUGUCUGCUCAUAUUCUAUUCUCUUUUCUACAUGAUCGCCAGCGUCUGCUUCGGUGCGUUCAGGCUGGAGAACUUUGACGGACUGAUUCCGUUCGACUUCAAGACCAAACCUGCAGAAUCCAACUCCAAAUACUUGGUGAACCUCCUGUCCUUGGAGCUCACCUACUUCUGCAGCGGCCUUUUGUUCGCCGCCGUGGUGAGGAGGCGUGUUUGGGACUACGCCCUCACCAUCACACUCCUGCAUGUAGUCAUCACCAGCCUCGUGAUGCUGGAGUUUCCCGUGGUGUGGCAGUGGUGGCUGGCUUUAGGCAGCGGCUUGUUUCUGAUGAUUUGCAACGGUCAGCUGAUCGCCUACUUCACGUGUCAGAGCGAGCAGAGCUACGCUUCCUUCAGCAUCUACUGACGGGCAAACCGCUUCACAAACAGCCUUGUGAAGUGAGGAGGAAAGGAUCGGACCAGAUGCUGUGCUCCUCGAGACGUGCGUUAGAUCCUCCACAGCGAUGGGCUCUUUGUUCGCCUCUAAAGAGUCCAAGCUGUGUUUAAAGGUUGCCAAUGGACUGCUGUUUGUAUUUAAUUCCACGCUGCAUUCUGCUUGCACGGUGACUCUAUGCAGCAUUGGCGCAGUAUUUUCAGUACCUUCCUAUAAGCUGUGAAUGUAAUGGAAAAACGGGAUUUUUGCAAUAUUGUUGUAUAUUUUAAAAUGUAAAGUGUUAAAAAAAUAAAACUGCUCCAGACUUAA